ACGACUUCGAUCUGCCAAAACAUUGCGCUAUUGCAAUUUGCAUGUUGAUGACACUUUUGUAGCUGUAGUCGUACAUUUUCGCUUCUUAAGGCUAGACUAGACUUUCACGAGUUCACAUGAUCAAAAUGGCGACUAUGGCGAUGAGAAGUAGUUCACGAUUUGCUCGCAUUUUGAGAUUGGAUGCCCGAUCGCCUCAGUUAGGAGUUCGGUUUUCUUCGUCACAGUCUCAAGUAGCAGGGGACACAUCAGAAGACCUCACUCAUGAAUCCAUCUUCACGGAGCAACAUGUUGAAAUGAGGAGAUCACUGAACAAACUGAUUGAGAAGGAGAUCAAUCCAUUUGUGGAUCAGUGGGAAGCCGAGAAGCAGUUCCCGUCUCACGAAGUCUUUAAGAAACUCGGCGAUGCUGGAUUCUUGGGACUCAACAAGCCUAUAGAGUAUGGAGGAUUGGGUCUUGAUUUUAGCUACAACAUAGCCAUGGCGGAAGAGUUGGGAAACAUCAAAUGUGGCGGUAUUCCCAUGGCGAUAGGGGUCCAGUCUGAUAUGGCCACUCCAGCCUUGGCCAGAUUUGGCAGCGACGAACUCAAGAGGCAGUUUCUUGCUCCAACCAUCGCCGGUGAUGUGGUCGCCUGUCUGGGAGUCAGCGAAGUUGGGUCCGGCUCCGACGUGGCAAGCAUACAGACCAAAGCCGAGAAACAAGGCGGUGACUACAUCAUCAACGGGGGCAAGAUGUGGAUCACAAACGGCAUCAAGUCCGAUUGGAUCUGCCUCCUAGCCAACACGGGCACCGGGCCUGCCCAUCAGAACAAAUCCCUCAUCUGCGUGCCCAUGGACACUAAAGGGGUGGUGAGAGCCCAGAAUAUCGACAAAAUCGGCAUGUGGUGCUCGGACACCGCUCAGCUGUACUUCGAGGACGUCCGAGUGCCGCAGAAGAAUCUGAUUGGUCAAGAAGGGAUGGGAUUCACCUAUCAGAUGCUGCAGUUUCAGGAGGAGAGAAUGUGGGCAAUGGCAGCAGCCUUGCAGCCGUUAGAAAUACUGAUCAAUGAAACCGUCGCAUACACCAAACAGAGGAAGGCCUUUGGCAAGUCUAUUCUGGACAACCAGGUGGUGCAUUACCGCCUUGCCGAGAUGCAGACCGAGGUGGAGCUACUCAGAUCUCUGCUGUACAGAACCAUAGGUCUAUACAUCCAGGGCAAAGAUGUAACCAAGCUAGCCUCCAUGGGUAAGCUCAAGACGGGCCGACUGUGCCGCGAGAUCAGCGACUCUUGUCUGCAGUACUGGGGAGGGAUGGGCUUCACUACCGACGCCUUGGUCAGUCGAUACUACAGAGAUUUCAGACUGAUUUCAAUUGGCGGUGGUGCAGACGAGGUCAUGCUUUCCAUUAUCAGCAAGUACAUGGGAACGCUUCCGACGCCACCCAAGAAGAAAUAAAUGGUUCAACCGCUUUGCUGGUUAGAACCACGGCACUCGCCCCUGUGACAGUCAGUCUAGUUGCUGCACUGUCCCAGCCAAACUGGUGCCCAGCUUGUGUGGGUGUCCUUACCAUCCAUUCUCAUAGACCUGGGUUCAAAUCCUACCCAAAUCUUACACGUACCCUCCAACUUGUUUCAUUUGCAAAAAAAAGUUUAAGAAUGAAAGUGACACUUUUACGGGUAAUUUAUCAUCCUUCAAGUCCAGAAUCGAGAAAAUGAGGCUUUAGUAUAUUUUUACUUAUUCACUUUCAAAAUUUGUAAUUUUAGAAGAAAAGUUUAGGUCUUCACUCAUCAGGCAGCUGCAUGAUUUAAUGGUUUUGUAAAUUUUGGGACUGCAUGUAGGAUGUUGUGUUUUUUGUUUGUAAAUGCUACAAAUUAGGUUUUAAAUUCUGAAAUAUUGAUUAUGUUACUUUCUGGGCAAUUUGUUUUAGCUUCAGACGGUGGUUACAAGGAUUAGCAGUCAUUCUAUUUAAUCAAGAUUUGUGACAUAACUAACAGUGGACAUAUUAGGCUAUUUGGACUUUGUUUAACCUCCUAAAAUGUGUUGCAAUCCAUGAAGUGAAUUCACAACUAAAAUGGGUGAGAAAUUAUUUUUGAUAGUGACAUGGAUGUUUACACACUUGUUAAAUUUUCAAACUGUGGAGAAUUAGGCUAAAUAUAACUGAUUGUAAAAACUAGUUAUAUUUUUUAAAAAAGUAAUUUUUUUGUGUGAUGCAUUCGAACUAAAUGUAAAAACUAGUUAUAUUUAAAAAAAAAAAAAAAA